GAUAAGGUAAGAAGAUAAGAUAAGGUAAGGUAAGGUAAGAUAAGGUAAGGUAAGGUAAGAUAAGAUAAGGUAAGAUAAGGUAAGGUAAGAAGAUAAGAUAAGGUAAGGUAAGAUAAGGUAAGGUAAGGUAAGGUAAGAUAAGAUAAGGUAAGAUAAGGUAAGAUAAGGUAAGGUAAGAAGAUAAGAUAAGGUAAGGUAAGAUAAGGUAAGGUAAGAUAAGAUAAGGUAAUAUAAGGUAAGAUAAGGUAAGGUAAGAAGAUAAGGUAAGGUAAGAUAAGGUAAGGUAAGAUAAGGUAAGAUAAGGUAAGAUAAGGUAAGGUAAGAAGAUAAGAUAAGGUAAGGUAAGAUAAGGUAAGGUAAGAUAAGGUAAGAUAAGGUAAGAUAAGGUAAGGUAAGAUAAGAUAAGGUAAGGUAAGGUAAGGUAAGAUAAGAUAAGGUAAGAUAAGGUAAGAUAAGGUAAGGUAAGAAGAUAAGAUAAGGUAAGGUAAGAUAAGGUAAUAUAAGGUAAGAUAAGAUAAGGUAAUAUAAGGUAAGAUAAGGUAAGGUAAGAAGAUAAGAUAAGGUAAGGUAAGAUAAGGUAAGGUAAGAUAAGGUAAGAUAAGGUAAGAUAAGGUAAGGUAAGAUAAGAUAAGGUAAGAUAAGGUAAGGUAAGGUAAGGUCAGGUCUUUGGUCUUCCCCACAUUUAUCUGGAGGUGGUUCUGCAGACACCAGUCCACAAAGUCCCGGAUCAGUUCUCUGUACUUGGCGCCCUCAAACCUCUUUAUAAACUAUUAAACUUCUCAAUCUUCAUUACGGCUCCUUUAUUGACUAACAUUCCUCACAUGUACCCGUUAAACCUACUGAACUCAGUUCUGGUUAAAAAUAGCUCUUAAUUGUUCCUGAGUAAAAAUGAAGGUAGCGCAGUAUAGGUGUGGUUUCCCUUCAAACGGUUAUUAAGGCUUAAAGACGUCGAUCACACCCAUCACACCCAGAGAGCUUAAAAACACGCCAACGUUUCUCAUCUUCAUAUCUUCUCGUUAUCACGGAGCGUCUGGACCACGAGAACCAGGAUCGACCAUCUACCCUGCAACUACAGUAAACAACCCAGGAUCGACCAUCUACUCUGCAACUACAGUAAACAACCCAGGAUCGACCAUCUACCCUACAGUUACAGAUAUGGUUGCCAGGCUGAUCUUGGCGCUGGUGCUGGUCGCCACCCUGUGUUGUGUUGAAGCCCAGAUCAUCAUUCCAGCUCCUCUCAGUACCAAAGCCAAUAACUAUGCCUGCGGUUGCACCAAGAUGUGCAUCUCCAGCCCGGCGAACUGCGACCCUUUGGUAACGUCCGGCUGCUUUUUCGGCUCGGUCCAAAGGACGUCCACCCAGUACCUGCAGGUCGAAAUCAGCGGCCUGACGUCCGGAUACGUGGGUCUGGGAAUCGCACCCGAUAGCCCAAACAAGGACCAGUCGAUCUUAUUCGUCUGCAGCACCAACAUCAGUAGCGCCUACUACGCUGCCAGCAUCUCUUCUCGUCCCAGCGUUUCCUUUAUCGACGACGCGGCGGCGCAGAACGCCCAGACGGCACUGAGCGGCCGAGAGAACAUCGCCACCAUGAUUCAUUGUUCUUUCCUCACCACCAUCAGCAGCAUCAGUCCCUACAGCAACAAUCCUACAGCUAAUUUUACUUAUCUCCCCUUCAUCAUGACCAUCGUCACAGGAACCACCAGCGGGUUUCAGCUGGGAAGUCCCACCAGGGUUUAUAACUCAGUAACCGCGCUGAAUAUGAUGGAACCCAAAUCUAACGGCCCCUGUAACACCACCGCCUACAGCCAGAUCCAGAGCUUCAGCUCCAGCGGUUCAUCCAGCAGCUCCACCAACUCAGCCGUCAGCCUGGGGGUUCACGCUCUCGCUGCUCUGCUCAGCGCUCUGAUCAUGACUUUUCUCUUCGUGUGACCUUUUCACCUAACCGUUAACAGCAGAACAUCAAAUCAUUUGGGUUUUUUCUUGUUUAUUUUGUUUGUUUGGGUUUUUAAACCAAUAAAAUCUGCAUGUGUGCACUUUGUAUUGUAAAUAUGAUCCAUAUCUAUGUGGUGACGGAAAUAAGAGAUCCAUAAACGUGUAAAACCUUAACCAUUAAAAAACAAUAUUUAUUUCCAUUAGAACGACAAAAACAGCGUGGUGAUGUAGGAAGGUCUGUAACGUCAUUACUGAUCAUGAUCGACUACAGAUGCUGACUUUUCUGUGCCCAUACAAAUAGGGCUGGUUUGACUGAACUCAUUACAGGGUCGGUAGGAGAGCCGUGCUGAGAGGAAGUUUGUCUGCAUGGUUAAACAGAUCUGCUUUCUGGAUCACAUUAGAGACACUGUUCACAGCCGAGCGAGCUUUACGUCACCAUGUUUUUUGUUCGUUUGCUUGUUUUUGAUUUUGUUAAACGGUAACACACCUAGUGGGUACCAAGUUUCACUUCUCUACAGCUGUAUGUGUUUAUUUAUAUGUAUUUAAAUGUAAUGUUAUAAAUUCAGAAUAAACACUGGAUAUAA